CCACACUUCAAAUCUUCUUACUCUACUCUUUUUACGUCUUUGAUUCUCUUCUAUCCUCUAUCUUCUUUUUUUUACUGUGUUUCAAAGAGACUAUUAUCUCUUCACUGUCUUCUUUAUGUUCUGUCUGAAACCAAACCAAGGCAAAACAAAACCACAGAAUCAAGUCCUCUUUCUCAGAUAUUCCGGAGAAAACUAAUCCACUCAUGAAGCUAUCAGCUUCAAGAUUUUCCUCCACUUUCUCACACUUUCUCGCACUCUGCUGUCUUCUCACACUAUCCCAUGUAGCUCAAGGAUCCCAUCAAUGGCAAUCACCAAUCAAAACCGUCGUCGUUCUGGUCAUGGAGAAUCGAUCCUUCGAUCACCUCCUAGGCUGGAUGAAGAAAUCGGUUAACCCUUCCAUAAACGGUGUAACGGGUCAAGAAUGUAACCCGGUUCCGAAUUCUACACAAACCAUAUGUUUCACUAGCGACGCUGAGUUUGUGGAUCCGGAUCCGGGUCAUUCGUUCGAAGCUGUGGAGCAACAGGUAUUCGGGUCGGGUCAGAUCCCGUCCAUGAUGGGUUUCGUCGAGCAAGCGCUUUCGAUGCCGGGAAAUUUGUCGGAAACCGUCAUGAAAGGCUUCCGGCCUGAAGCUGUACCGGUUUAUUCCGAGCUGGUUAAAGAAUUCGCUGUGUUCGACCGGUGGUUUUCUUCUAUUCCUGGUCCGACUCAACCGAACCGGCUGUUUGUCUAUUCGGCUACCUCACAUGGUUCAACAAGCCAUGUCAAGCAACAGCUUGCUCAAGGGUUUCCACAAGAAACAAUAUUCGAUUCACUCCACAACGACGACAUUGAUUUCGGAAUAUACUUCCAGAAUAUUCCGACCACAUUAUUCUACCGUAAUCUCCGACAGCUAAAAUACAUAUUUAAACUGCAUCAGUACGAUCUGAAAUUCAAGAAGGACGCAGCAAAAGGAAACUUACCGAGCUUAACCGUCAUAGAACCGAGGUAUUUCGAUCUCAAGGGCUUACCGGCUAACGACGAUCACCCAUCUCACGACGUAGCUAACGGCCAAAAGCUGGUUAAAGAAGUAUACGAGACACUUAGGUCGAGUCCACAGUGGAAUGAGACGCUCCUAGUAAUAACCUAUGAUGAGCAUGGUGGGUUUUAUGAUCAUGUGAAGACUCCUUAUGUCGGUAUACCGAACCCGGAUGGGAAUACCGGACUAUUAGAGCUAGUGAAGCUCAAGCUUAAGCUCGAUGAAGAUGGUGACGAGAGGAAGAAGAAGAGAGUCAGUUAGAGAUUUAAAAUUGUAUAUUUGACUUAAUGAAAAAUGUAACAGUAUACAAUCUGUUUUAUAUGUACAUUGAGAACCGGUUUAAUCAUAUAUACAGAAUCCGGUUUAAUAACUCUAA